AUUAGCAAAUUUGUAGUACCCUACUCUGGAACGGAAAUCAAAAGAAAGAAGAAAAAGAAAAGGAAAACAAAAGCAGAGAAGAACAAAAAGAAACAGAAAUUUGUUUUACUACGGUCCACCAUCUCCUCAAAUUCAAGAGACCGAAGCUAAAGAACCAGGAGAAGAAGGAGGAGGAAAAGGAGAAACAGCAGCAACAACUGUAGCACAAACUUUCAAUUUCAAACACCAACAACUGUAAGCGAACUAAGAAUCAUUAGUUGGCUGGAAGUUUGAUAUAAUGACAUUUUUCAGUUCCUAUCCUUGGAAGCCCUUGAUAAUUCAUAAAUAUGAUGGAAACCCAUAGAGUCAAAUGACAUUGCUCUUUCCUUGUUUUGGUGGAUAUAUGGCUAAUCAUUCUUUAGUUUUAGACAAUACAUCUGUUAGUACUGUUACUGUAGCAGAGCAGCCAUUAGUCAUUGGGCAAGAGUUUCCAGAUGUGGAAACCUGCCGAAGAACACUGAAAGAUAUUGCCAUUGCUAUGCAUUUUGAUCUUCGGAUAGUUAAGUCUGAUCGCAGUCGUUUUAUAGCAAAAUGCUCCAAAGAAGGGUGCCCAUGGCGGGUCCACGUUGCAAAGUGUCCUGGUGUUCCAACUUUUACUGUAAGAACACUACAAGGAGAACAUACUUGUGAGGGGGUUCAGAACCUUCAUCAUCAGCAGGCAUCAGUAGGUUGGGUUGCAAGAUCUGUUGAAGCACGCAUUCGAGAUAAUCCACAAUACAAACCCAGGGAAAUACUGCAAGAUAUUCGUGAUCAGCAUGGAGUUGCUGUUUCUUACAUGCAAGCUUGGCGGGGGAAGGAACGUAGCAUGGCUGCUCUUCAUGGGACAUUUGAAGAGGGUUACCGUCUUCUCCCUGCUUACUGUGAACAAAUAAGGAAAACCAACCCUGGUAGCAUUGCAUCUGUUGUUGCUACUGGACAAGAAAAUUGUUUUCAAAGACUGUUUAUUUCUUAUCGUGCAUCAAUUUAUGGGUUUAUAAAUGCUUGUAGGCCACUUGUAGAACUUGACCGAGCACAUCUUAAAGGAAAGUACCUAGGUACACUGCUUUGUGCUGCAGCUGUUGAUGCAGAUGAUGCGCUGUUUCCUUUGGCAAUUGCUGUUGUUGAUACUGAAGGUGACGAUAAUUGGAUGUGGUUCAUGUCAGAAUUGCGCAAACUUCUAGGAGUGAACACAGAAAAUAUGCCUAGGCUGACAAUACUAUCUGAAAGGCAAAGAGGCUUGGUGGAGGCAGUAGAAACACAUUUUCCUACUGCUUCACACGGUUUCUGUCUGCGUUUUGUGAGUGAAAAUUUUCGUGAUACAUUUAAAAACACAAAGUUGGUAAACAUCUUUUGGAAUGCAGUCUAUGCGCUUACUGCUGCUGAAUUUGAAAGCAAGAUUACUGAGAUGAUGGAAAUUUCACAAGAUGUUAUAUCAUGGUUUCAACAAUUUCCUCCCUAUCUUUGGGCUGUGGCAUACUUUGAUGGUGUUCGAUAUGGCCAUUUCACACUUGGAGUAACAGAAUUAUUGUAUAACUGGGCCCUUGAAUGUCAUGAGCUCCCUAUAGUUCAGAUGAUGGAACACAUCCGUCAGCUGAUGGUAUCAUGGUUUAGUGAUCGGCAGGAUAUGGGCAUGAGGUGGACAUCAAUUCUUGUACCGUCAGCAGAGAAGCGAAUUUUGGAGGCAAUUGCCGAUGCUCAUUGCUAUCAAGUUCUCCGGGCAAAUGAAGUUGAGUUUGAAAUUGUGUCCACUGAAAGGACCAAUAUUGUAGAUAUACGGAGUCGUGAAUGCUCUUGUCGCCGUUGGCAGCUGUAUGGAUUACCUUGUGCCCAUGCUGCUGCUGCACUUAUCUCUUGUGGACACAAUGCCCAUAUGUUUGCUGAACCAUGCUUCACUGUACAAAGUUACAGAAUGACCUAUUCUCAGAUGAUUAAUCCUAUACCAGAUAAGAGCCAAUGGAGAGAUCAGGGAGAAGGAGCUGAAGGUGGAGGAGGGGCAAGGGUUGAUAUUAUAAUCCACCCACCAAAGACUCGCCGGCCACCUGGGAGGCCUAAAAAGAAGGUUCUACGAGUGGAAAAUUUUAAGCGUCCCAAAAGAGUUGUCCAAUGUGGCCGCUGUCACAUGUUAGGACAUUCUCAAAAGAAAUGCACAAUGCCCAUUUGAAAAAUUUGAUUACUUGUUUCAAAUAUGUUUUGUUUCAGGGACAUUCUGCAAUAGAAUUAAUGUUGUCUGUAUUGUAAUUUAAGUGUAUUCUGAACCUAUCAAUGACAAAAUAAGAAUCCAUUAGUUUUUGCCAAGGUUUUCGUAAAA